ACGAGGGCUGGGCGGGCUCAGGGAGGAGGCGGGAGAGGUGAGAGGCUAAGAUCCGGGCGUCUCGAAAGGCCUUUCUGAGACACCCUGCUCAGCCCGAGGGGAUCUCCCGAGGAAGUGGCACCUGGGGACGAUUUUCCUGUUUGACCAGACUUUCCGAACUCCCGCGGCCGGGCCUCCCAGACCCCUCGCCUGGGCUCGACCCUUCUUCUGGCUACCCGCGCCUUACCCUCUCCAAUUCGCCUACCGCCCCAGGGCUCGGCGAUUCCGCUGCGCGCAGUCCCCGGCGAGCGAGCGCCGGACUGCAGUCGUCGCCCCUCGGGGCUGGGGUGCUGGCGCCGCGUGGUGACUGCGGGGGAGUUGUACGCUGCGUGGACCUGCGUCUCCUCCUUGCGUCCCCCGCAGGGGCCACUCCUUACGGGACCCCGCACCGCAGCUCCAGCGCGCGGGCACAUGGGAGGAGGGAGGGAAACAAGGGUGGUGGGGAUGGAGAGGGGGAAAGUGAAGAGAGAGAAGGGAAAGGAGCCGGAGACAGAGAAAAUACGGGGAAAAGGAAAGGAGGAGAAAGAUAAAAAGAAGGAGGUGGAGAAGGAGAAAAUUAAGGAAAAAGAAAAGGAAAGGGGGAGGGAGGAGAAAAGUAAGAGUAAAGAAGAGGAAAAGAGGAAAGGGCGGGAGACGGAGAAGGGGAAGGAACAAUUUACGGAAAAAGAAGAGAAAGAGAAGGACAACAGCACGUUGGCAAAGCCGCCGCUGGAGCUGCCGGAGAAAAAUAAGCAGAUCCUAGUGCUGGGCCUGGAUGGAGCAGGAAAGAACAGUGUUCUCCACUCUCUAGCUUUAAACAGAGUCCAGCACAGCGUGGCACCAACCCAAGGUUUCAAUGCAGUGUGUAUCAGCACUGAAGACAGCCAGUUGGAGUUCCUGGAGAUUGGUGGCAGCAAACCUUUCCGUUCCUGUUGGGAAAUGUACCUGUCCAAGGGAUUGCUGCUAAUCUUUGUGGUGGAUUCAGCAGAUCACAACAGAUUACCUGAAGGCAAGAAGCACCUUCAUCAACUAAUUGGGACAAAUCCAAUCCUUCCUCUGGUUGUGUUUGCAAACAAACAGGAUGUUGAAGCAGCCUAUCACAUUACAGAUAUCCAUGAAGCUUUGGCAUUAUCUGAGGUGGGAAAUGACAGGAAGAUGUUCUUGUUUGGAACCCAGGUGACUGAGAAUGGCUCAGAGAUACCCUCCAUCAUGCAAGAUGCCAGAGACCUGAUUGCACAGCUGGCUGCAGACAUGCAGUGAUCAGGCCUAGGCCCACUGUGAGGCUCAUGAUUUGAACGUCACCAGGGAAUGUUUAGCGGCAGGCUGGAAGCCAAAAGUUUCCACUUUCCAAUAAAAAAUAAGGCAUU